AUGACCGAGGCACCUGUGACAGUUGGCACACUAACCGAGUCAUUAUUCAAUGACAUGAUUUCCAAACUCAUCAAACAACAAAUUGUCAACACCUAUAGCGAUUACAUGAUAAUAGAGAGUACUACAGUUGCAGAUCCCCAAGUGGACCAGCUACUAGCCAAUUUUAAUCAACUGAAAGACAUUAAUAAAGACAUCUUUGGACAAGAUAAAACCAAAUUGAAAGCCAAUGAGACGUCACGUUAUUUCAGUUGCGAGAAUUGUGGACGUAAAAUAGCAGGAGGAAGGUUUGCCCAACAUGUGAAUAAAUGCUUGGAGAGGAAACGAAAGACAUGA